UCUCCAGCAGAGGGCGCAGGCACUGAGUUUUCUUUGGGCUCCGCCCCGCCCGUCCCAGUGGGUCAGGGCGGGAGCAGUGGGCGCGGAAACUUGGUCGAGGCUUUCCGGGAGCCGCGGGGCACGCGGGUGCACGCGAGCUCGUGCGCGCGUUGGGGGUCGCCGCGGCGUGCCGUGCUUGCCCGUCUCCGGCGCGCGCCCCCGCGUUGCGCCGGCCGCGCUCGCGCCCGCGCAGGGGCGCGCCUCAGGGCGGGCGCCUCCCUCUCACUCCCUGGGCUGCGAGCGCCGGCGGUGGUUGCCGGAGAGGCCCCUCCUUCUCGCCCGGCUCCAUUCCCUCGCUCGCGGCCGAGCGGGCUCCCGACCCUCCGCUGGCCAUGGCCGGCAACGUGAAGAAGAGCUCGGGCGCCGGCGGCGGCGGCUCUGGGGGCUCGGGAGCGGGCGGCCUGAUCGGGCUCAUGAAGGACGCCUUCCAGCCGCACCACCACCACCACCACCUCAGCCCGCACCCUCCCUGCACGGUGGACAAGAAGAUGGUGGAGAAGUGCUGGAAGCUCAUGGACAAGGUGGUGCGGUUGUGUCAAAACCCAAAGCUGGCGCUCAAGAACAGCCCGCCUUAUAUCUUAGACCUGCUGCCUGACACCUACCAGCACCUCCGCACUGUCUUGUCAAGAUAUGAGGGGAAGAUGGAGACGCUUGGAGAAAAUGAGUAUUUCAGGGUGUUCAUGGAAAAUUUGAUGAAGAAAACUAAGCAGACUAUCAGCCUCUUCAAGGAGGGAAAAGAAAGGAUGUAUGAGGAGAAUUCCCAGCCUAGGCGAAACCUGACCAAAUUAUCCCUGAUCUUCAGCCACAUGCUGGCAGAACUGAAAGGCAUCUUUCCGAGCGGACUCUUCCAAGGAGACACUUUCCGGAUUACUAAAGCUGAUGCUGCCGAAUUUUGGAGAAAAGCUUUUGGUGAAAAGACGAUAGUCCCGUGGAAGAGCUUUCGACAGGCCCUGCAUGAAGUGCAUCCCAUCAGUUCUGGGCUGGAGGCCAUGGCUCUGAAGUCCACUAUUGAUCUGACCUGCAAUGAUUAUAUUUCUGUCUUUGAAUUUGAUAUUUUUACACGGCUGUUUCAGCCCUGGUCCUCUUUGCUCAGAAAUUGGAACAGCCUUGCUGUAACUCACCCUGGUUACAUGGCUUUCCUGACAUACGAUGAAGUGAAAGCGCGCCUGCAGAAGUUCAUCCACAAACCUGGCAGUUACAUCUUUCGGCUGAGCUGUACUCGUUUGGGUCAGUGGGCUAUUGGGUAUGUUACUGCCGAUGGGAACAUUCUGCAGACAAUCCCACACAAUAAACCGCUCUUCCAAGCACUGAUUGAUGGCUUCAGGGAAGGCUUCUAUUUGUUUCCUGAUGGACGAAAUCAAAAUCCUGACCUGACAGGUUUAUGUGAACCAACUCCUCAAGAUCAUAUCAAAGUAACCCAGGAACAAUAUGAAUUAUACUGUGAAAUGGGCUCCACAUUUCAACUGUGUAAGAUAUGUGCUGAGAAUGAUAAGGAUGUGAAGAUUGAGCCCUGUGGACACCUCAUGUGCACAUCCUGCCUCACGUCGUGGCAGGAAUCAGAAGGUCAGGGCUGUCCUUUUUGCCGAUGUGAAAUCAAAGGUACUGAGCCCAUCGUGGUGGAUCCGUUUGACCCCAGAGGCAGUGGCAGCCUAUUAAGGCAAGGAGCAGAAGGUGCUCCUUCCCCAAAUUACGACGAUGAUGAUGAUGAACGAGCUGAUGAUUCUCUCUUCAUGAUGAAGGAGUUGGCAGGUGCCAAGGCUGCUUCUGGCUCCCUUCAUAAAGACAAACCAUUGCCAAUACCUCCCACACUUCGAGAUCUUCCACCACCACCCCCUCCAGACCGGCCUUACUCUGUUGGAGCAGAAACAAGGCCUCAGAGACGCCCUCUGCCUUGUACACCAGGCGAUUGUCCAUCUAGAGACAAACUGCCCCCUGUCCCUUCUAGCCGCCCAGGGGACUCGUGGUUGUCUCGGCCAAUCCCUAAAGUACCAGUAGCUACUCCAAACCCUGGUGAUCCUUGGAAUGGGAGAGAAUUGACCAAUCGGCACUCGCUUCCAUUCUCAUUGCCCUCACAAAUGGAACCCAGAGCAGAUGUCCCUAGGCUUGGAAGCACAUUUAGUCUGGAUACCUCUAUGACUAUGAAUAGCAGCCCAGUAGCAGGUCCAGAGAGUGAGCACCCAAAGAUCAAGCCUUCCUCGUCUGCCAACGCCAUUUACUCUCUGGCUGCCAGGCCUCUUCCUAUGCCAAAACUGCCACCUGGGGAGCAAGGGGAAAGUGAAGAGGACACAGAAUAUAUGACUCCCACAUCUAGGCCUGUAGGGGUUCAGAAGCCAGAGCCCAAACGGCCGUUAGAGGCAACCCAGAGUUCACGAGCAUGUGACUGUGACCAGCAGAUCGACAGCUGUACCUAUGAAGCGAUGUAUAACAUCCAGUCCCAAGCACUGUCUGUAGCAGAAAACAGCGCCUCUGGGGAAGGGAAUCUGGCCACAGCUCACACGAGUACUGGCCCUGAGGAAUCCGAAAACGAGGAUGAUGGCUAUGAUGUGCCUAAGCCACCCGUGCCAGCUGUACUGGCCCGCCGGACCCUGUCUGACAUCUCCAAUGCCAGCUCCUCCUUUGGCUGGUUGUCUUUGGAUGGUGACCCUACAAACUUCAAUGAGGGUUCCCAAGUUCCUGAGCGGCCCCCCAAACCAUUCCCUCGGAGAAUCAACUCAGAACGAAAAGCCAGUAGCUAUCAACAAGGCGGAGGUGCCACUGCUAACCCUGUGGCCACAGCACCCUCACCGCAGCUCUCAAGUGAGAUUGAACGCCUCAUGAGUCAGGGCUAUUCCUACCAGGACAUUCAGAAAGCUUUGGUCAUUGCCCACAACAACAUUGAGAUGGCUAAAAACAUCCUCCGGGAAUUUGUUUCUAUUUCUUCUCCUGCUCACGUAGCCACCUAGCACAUCUCUCCCUGCCACGGCUUCAGAGGACCCAUGAGCCAGGCUCUUACUCAAGGACCACCUAGGAAAGCAGUGGCUUCUUUUGGGACGUCACAGUAAGGUCCUGCCUUUCCUGUGGGGAUCGACACAUAUGGUUCCAAGAUUUCAAAGCAGUGGAAUGAAAAUGGAGCAGCUGAUGUGUUUCAUUGUUGUAUUGGUCUUAAGAGUGUUUUUGUAGUCCUGCAGUCUCCAGUAGGAGAGAGUGGGUUUUUAUUAAAUGGUAACCUACCCCAGAAACAGCACAGGAAGCAGUAGCAGUGCUGUGCUGUGGCCCUAAUUAAGGACUUAAGGCUUUCCUGUUAAGGGUGUGUGUCUCUGUUGUCUGUGUGUCCUGUCAUUAUAAGAUUAUCCUGCUGUGUGUGAAUCCAGGCAGGGAGUUAGCACAAGAGCUUCAGGAAGGAAUCUCUGAAGACUCCCAUCUACUGUGGAAUUGCACCUAGCCCUGCUGGAUACUGUAACCUCAAUCCUCCCCUUUGGCUUAGAUUAUCAUGUACUUAGCUAUGUUUUAUAUUGUUAGAACAACCAAUGUCCUUUCCCUUGGAAACUCCUUACUUCACCUCCUCCUCAUUGGUGUUCUGUAGGCUUGCCGUGACCAGUCUUACUGAAACCAAGCAGCUUAUAGGAUGGUCUUUCUAAUGCGUGAUGGUGUUGGUUUGUUUGGUAGACUAAGUGGGAAGGAAAGUACUGUUCUGUGGCUAAUUGAUGCUAGCACCUAACACUGGUCACUCCAAAGUGCUGUUUCUAUAGGAAUGUUGAAUUUGUUUUUGUUUUUGUUUUUUAAAGAAGUUUUAAUUCUCCUAGUUACCUAAUGACCGAUUUGAGAUAGAGGCCUUCAUAUACAUUCCGUGUCCUCCCCAGGACAUAGCCUGUGGGAGUCGGUUGCCUUGAUGCCAGGUGUAUGUUUCUGAUGUAGGUCAUGAGUGUUUCUGCCUAACAGGAACAGAACAUUUGUUUCCAGGGUGGCUUUCCAACCCAAAACCAUAGAGCUUUUAGGAAGCGUCAGUCAUAUAUAGAUUUACAAAAUAAACAGCUAGGACUUAUCUGUUUAGUCUUUCUUGCCAGUGGCUAACUUCAGCUUAGGAAUUUCUCCCUUGAAUGGGAGCCAGGUAAGCCUUUCAGAAAUGAUUUCUUCUUUUGCCCUGUGAGGAACGGAGCUAACACCAGUGAGGACAGCAUUUGCUGAUGGCUUCUCUAGAUUGGUGCACCCAGUGACUUGGUUGUCCAUGUGCCUAGCUUGUGCUUUGGAAUGGUUUCUCUUUCCUUUUCCUUGCCUUUUUUAUUGGGUCCUAGAUGUAACCGCUGUGUCAUCCAUCUACAGUAUUUAGUUAUCAUUCAUUGGAAUUCUUUAGCUAGACGGUUUGGAACAGUGUAAUAGUUUGUGUAUUUACAGGUUCAUCAAGGAGAUGUAAUUUGUUUUGGAGAGUCCGUUUCUACGUCAUCGUAGUGACCUCUUGGGUUCAGUUUGUUCUCUGACUGGAGUCUUGCUGGCUUCUCUGACAGCGUUGCCCUUUCUCCUGUUGAGUACGAGCUGGCUUUUACAUGAAUCCUCUCUGUUCUUUAGGUCCAGGCAGAAAUGACCCACCAAGAAUCUGCUUUCUUUCCAGUCUUUUGCAACAAAAAUCUUUUGAACUCUUCUUUUAGUUUCUUGAUGCUUCAAGGUCUGGAUUUUAUCCUCUUACCUUAAGGCUAUUCGAAAGGCAGAUACGGUAUCUAUGGCUACCCAGUGUCUUCUCUACAUAGCAAUGAGUAGAAAACAAUAGCUUGUCAUCCACAAAAAGUUUGUGAUAUCCAAUUUUGUGUUCAUUUGAAUACUGAAAGCCUAAGCCAGGCUUGGUGGCAUCUCAGCACCUGAGAGAUGGUGGCAAGAUGAUCAGGAGUUCAGCACCAGCUCAAAGCUCCUGAAACCCUGUCUCAAAAAUAACAGGGGUUAAAGAGAUGACUUCAGUUCAGAGCAGCUCUUCUUGCAGAGGACCUAGGUUUGGUUCCUAGCACCCACAUGAAAGGUUUCUCAGAUGUAUAAGCAACUCACAACCAUCUAUAACUUCAGUUCAGAGCAAUCUGAUGCCCUCUUCUGGCUUCUGUGGGCACCAGGCACACAUACGAUGUACAUAUAUACAGGCAGGUAGAGCAUUAAAUAAAUACAUAUGAAAAAAUUAAAAAAUGAAAAUUAAAGGCCUUAAAAGAAAAGUAGGGAAAAGCUGCAGGCUCUAGUCUGUUUAUAUUGGAGUGUCUUUUUCCCUUUUAGCUAUUGCCCAGAAUCUGAAGAUGUAUCAAGGAAACAGCACUGGCUGCAGGCCUUUUGCCUUCUUUGUGCAUCUGUCUUGUGUGGAGGCUAAGGAGAUAGCUCAAUUGGUUGAGUGUUUGUCUGGCAUUCACAGAGCCAUGGUUCAGCCCCCACUCUGCACAGAAGAGUGUGCUAAGGCACACCUCUGAUCCUUAGCACUCGAGAGGUAGAGACUGCAUUAGAAGGUCAAGGCACUCCUGGUUUAAAACUAGCCCGGGCUACAUGAAACCCUGCCUCCAAAAGAAAACAAAAACCAAAUCUGUGGGGAUUACUGCCCAUAAUACUUAGGGAAAUGACAGUUUUGUCCUGCUGUCUGCUGAGGUGUGAGCUCUGGAAUGGGCGUGGAUAGGGUAGGUGGGUAUUGAGUCCCUAAGCUGAUUGACUUGGGUGUUAGUUUAUCAGAUGUAUACCUGCAGGUGUUAAGGUUCAAGGCCAUUGUGUGUAGGCCUUUCCUUUGCUCCAGGACACACUGAGGCCGUGCCUGGUAUUAUUAGAUGUCCUUAGGAAGGCUUCAUGCCACUCAUUUUGGAUAGUCUCCAAAUUUUGAAUUUCUUUUUCCUGUGAGGGCAAAUUUCCUAUUUUUCAUCUUCCAUCUGUAUGGCAAGUCUUAACUCUUUGGCUCGUCCUCUGAGUUUACCUAAACCUGCCUUUUCGUAAACAAGCUUUAUUUUGAGUCUCACUAUUUUUGGCAAGCUCACCCCCUUUCUCUGUUCUGUGUUACAAUUAGGAAAACCUCUUUAACGUUUCUCCUUUUCUCAUCUUCACUAACCUAUUUUUAUUCAACACAGGCCCUUGCUCCCUCUGUGUCCUUGUGGAUUGCUUUACACGCCACCUUAUUGAUGGGUCAUCUUGCCAGGACUCCGGGCAAGGCUUUUCUAGUCCAGUCCCAGAACUGGAUGUUAUAGCUGUCCCUCCCACUGUCCUUCUAAAGUGAAAAGUUUGGCUUUUGGAUUUUUUUUAAUUGGAUAUUUUCUUUAUUUACAUUUCAGUGAAAAGUUUUUAAAAUGGUUUUAAAAACUUGUGGGUUCUGAAAUAUACCUCUUUCUAAUUUACAAACUAGACAGCUUUUGCGAAUUGACCCUGGCCGGCCAUUCUUCAUAUUCUUCUUACUCCUCCCAGCCCCACCCUGCAUACUCUGCCAUUUUGUCUUUCUCUUUCUAUUCUCAGACAUGCCUAUCACUGAACUACAAUGUAUGAUAGUUGUGCUGGCAUGGGGCAGCUGAGAUGGAUGGAAGGCACUAUUCUUCAUAGUUAAAAUAUUUAUUUCCUCUGUAGGAAAGUAAGACAUGUUUUAUGGUCCAAGUAUUCAACUUACAAGUUAAUUUUUGCAACACACCUUGCUUGCAGACCAAACCAGGGACCAGCAGUGUAUUCCUUUUAUGGAACCAUUAACAAGAUCUAGUCUUUCUGUGUUAGCCAUGAUGCUAAUACUGAAUGUUUUCCUACCUCACAUCAUGAGAAUCAGAAGGCUACUGGCCUUCUCAGACCUUCCUUCUUUCUGUUGGCCUUUCUGAGUCUGGAAUGAUCACUCCAUUGAAUAGAGUAUUCCAGCCAGUGUCCUGGCUACAGAUGUUUGAGUGAUUACUGUGUGUCAGAAAUGUCAGCUAUGUGCUCUUUCCUGCCACCUCCUGGUGGUUUUCUGUUAUUGGGAAGUUAAGCGUGGGCUGCCCUUGGCUCUUUUUUGCAUUUGACUGUGCACGUGUGCAUUCAGGGCUCUCUUAUGUAGACUUAUCUUCCCUUACAGAGCUGGUCCACUUAAAACUGGCCCGAGACUUUCCCAUUAACCCCAUUUGUCUUCCUGUGGCUUUGAUAAUAUUUGGGAGAUUCUGUUGUGUAUACCUCAUAGAUUAUCCAUGUUUGCUACAAAGUUUAGUGCCAUUUCUUGAGUGGAUGCAGAGUCCACUGACUUGAGUUGCACACUAGAGCACUAAAUGUUUAAGCUGAGCUUGCUGCGGUCUCCUUUCCAGUCCAGUGCCUUUUCUAUCUUUUUACUGAGCUGCUUCUGUCCCCAGUCCUCCUUGCUGAAAAGAUUUUGUUUUGCCUUUCUAGGACUGUCACCAUCUCCCAUACAGUUUAGAGGGUUUUUUUCCCUGCUAUUCAACAAUCUAAGUAAUUCUGUCUUAGAAGGGGUGAAAGGGUUGGAAAGAGCGAAGACCUCAUUCUCAGGCUGCUCUUGUAGAAGCCAGUCAGGAACUGAGCCUGGAUCCUGUCCACAUAAGCCUGCCCAGAGCAGCACUAGAGGGACCAGAGCUUCACUGUCAAUGUUCUCCUCUGACACUUGAAGUGUCAACAUGUAGCGGAAGUACUCUAGCACUACACAGAGCGUCUUGAUGCAACUUUGAUUUCAGUCCACAGACACAGUCAAUCCUAUAGGAAUGCAUGGAAGACUUGGUUCUUGUAUGUUAGUGGGCUGGACAACUUUAGACUUUGUCCCUCCUCCUACUUGACAGAGUAUUUAUAUACAUGACAAAAUAUGUUCCCUAGUCCUUGAGUUCAUGUGAUCUUAUGAUGAAUGCAGUUCUUUAGAAAAACUCAAGAAUUCCUGGAAAAAAAAUAGGAAAAAAGUUAACCCUGUAUAUUAAUUCCAUGGGCCAGCCUGGACAUCCUGAGGACAACUGUGCUGGGCCUGUGUCUCCUGAAGCUAUCUGCACCAACCUAGAAAUCAUGGAACAAGCCUGUCUUAACGGCUCUGUAGAAGUAGAAAUAGGAGAAUUAUGAAUUUUAGGCCAGCACUGGAUCUAUUACAAGCUGAAGACCAGACUGGACUCUGUGAGCAUCUUGCCUGUUCGUGGGAAUAUUUUCUCCUCUUGUUUCCAGCAGCAGAGAAAGCAGCGGCACCACCUGGUGAAUGCGUGGAGGUGCUCUCUUCAAGUGCACAUCACUGAUGGACUAUUCGAAUGGAGGUGCUCUCUUCAAGUGCACAUCACUGAUGGAGUGGUUUCAUUACCUCUUCCACUGUGGUUUCCUUUAAGUCUGAUAGUUUGAAGGUGCAGUCUUUUACGGCGGAGCAGUCGUGAGGCAGGACCAUGAGGUAACUACUGGCCACACUGUGCCUGCAGUCAAGGAACAGUAGUGCCUGGGUGUAUUCUUAAGAAAGAAAACACUCAGCAAGAAUAGCGAUUUGAGGGUCCAUCCCCCACUGAACCUAUAGGGAGAACAGAGAAAUUAUGGUGAACUGGGAACUUAGAAGAGAUAUGCAAAGGAACUUCCACAAUGGAAGUACAGUUGCUGUUCUACUCUUCGCCCCUAUUUUUAACUUAGUCAGAGUCACUGUCACCUUUGCUGCUAAUUACUUUUCUUCUCCCUAGGAGUCUUGGCACCCAAGAUUGCUUUCCUCACUCUUGAGGCCACUCUUCUGUCCUUGGGUGGCAUUUCUUAGCCUCCAUUCAACCUCGGGUCUCUUUGAUGUUACUCAGAGUGCAGACCAUGGCUUCCACUGUAGCUAGUACCCUUUGGCUUGGCUCUCUUCUGGUUUUAGUGCUGAAUACCUGUUCAUUCUGUGGGCUCUUGACCUGUCUUCUGCAUCCCCAUCCUCUUUGUCUUCCUGUAAGGGGAGCCUACAGUGAUAUCCUUAGCUUUACUUUCCUAGGUACACUGGGACAUUUGCUAGAAUAGGGAUAUUUUCAGUGUCGAAAAUAGCUUGUUCUUGUGUGCUUCUUAUAAACAGGCUACCUGUAUCUUCUCUGGUUGCUUUUUCUCUAGUCCUGUAAUAAGUGUGGUGGUUUUGGUUUUUUGGUUUGGUUGGUUUGGUUUUCUUUCAUUCUUUCUUUUUUUUUAAGGUGUUGGGGAAGUAAAACUGCUUCUGCUUGCCUGGAUCAUUGGAAUCCCAUCCUAGAGCCUGGCCCGAGUUUUAAGGCGUAUCAAACAUACUACCCUGCUUUUAACUUCUAAAGAGUCAAGUCAUUUGGUAUAUACAGAAGUAACCUACUAACCCAAAGAUACACAUUGAGGCACAUAGGAAGAAGGGCAAGAGCAGGUCAUCAGGUUUUCAAUUGAUGUCUCAGCUCCUGAGUGAAGCAGCAGAGGGAUAGUAGUGCCAUGUGCCUUCACAGUGCCCCAGGAAAUCUGGCUUGGCUGCAAGAGAAAGGACCAGUAUUUCUUGGUUCCAGUAAGUAGCACAAGAGUUGAGAUGGAGAACUAAGGACAGGGAGAGCCCUGCACAUUGUUUUGUGCCUGCUGAAGAGCACUAUGGGGAGGGGCCAGGGGCUGACCAACACCUGCUUGCAGAUCUUGCAGCCUCUUCCCUGCUUGAGAAAAAUGUGGCUGACCACUCCUGUGUUGUCCAGAACCCAGGCUAAGUGCCAGCCUCAGAUCUCCCACUGAUCUGGCUGCUGAACAAGUCAGCAAGAGUUCUGCUCACCUGGCCCUGCAUUCCUGAUUCAGUGCUACAACCAAAUGUGAGAGGCAAACCUAUUCCUGAUUCAGUGCUACAACCAAAUGUGAGAGGCAAACCUUCACAUUGCCUUGAGUUUCCUUUCCUCUGACCCAGAAUGGAGGCCAGUGAAGAAGAUUGCUCAGUGCAUGCUGUGCACAGCUCAUCAGACUCACACUGCCUCACCACAUACGCCCUCCAGUGGGGGUUGUGGAGCCUGUGUUGCUCUUCCCGCUACCUCUUACCCAGUAGUGGAGAGGGUGGCCAUGUUUUGGAUGUAUUUAAGUGGCAAGUGAAUUCGGGGGCCCUUCUCUCUCUCUCUCUCUCUCUCUCGGGGGCCCUUCUCUCUCUCUCUCUCUCUCUCUCUCUCUCUCUCUCUCUCUCUCUCUCUCUCUCUCUCCCUCCCUCCCUCCCUCCCUCCCUCCCUCCCUCCCUCCCUCCCUCCCUCCCUCCGGCUUUCUGGGCUAGUGAGCCUGCCUUGCAGUGCAUGAGAGGAGCCGCCUCCUGACCUCCUCCUCCUCGGCACCCUUAAGUGGGAAGUCUGACCUCUGCUGAGACAUGCUGGGCAUGGCAGCUGUGAGGUACCUCCCACAUCUGCUUUCUGGCUGUGCUGACUUGGGAUUUUUAACCUUAUAUAUCUUUUUCCUUUAUUCAAAACAAAACAAUUUUUAGCACACUGAAAAAAAAAAAAGCCAAAUGUUUUGUGCCUUUCUAAGGCAGCGCUGUACCCCAGGCUGCAUCUUAGGACUUAAUAUGGAAAUACCAGAGUCUGAGCUCUUCUGCCUUGAAUAUCUUUAGCCCUGGAGUUUUGGGGACAAGGAUGUCUGGCUAGAGAGGUGGCACAUUAGGUGCCUAUAGUCUCCUUUCUCUGCCAUGAGGUUUCCCUGGAAAAGAGCAUUGUUUUAUUCUGGCAGCACGUGGUUGGUUCCAGGCAGCAGUUAGUGUUCAGAUAACUGCUCUGGGUGCCCACUCACCCACCUCCGAGAGCAGUGCCCUGCGGAGCAGAGUUGCGGAGUGAAUGCUCCUGGGAAGAGGAGAUGCUUCAUUUGUUGUCUUUUUGUUUUGCUGGACCUUGAGCCAGCUUCAACCUCCUGCCUCUCCUCAGACUUGGCUGUCCUUUCAUUUGAAGGCUUCAACCAUAAAGCAUGAAGUGGCUGGUGCCCAUCACAGGGUCUGCUUGAAUCCAGGGAGGAGCCGUGGAACCCUGAGGCCUGCCGGUCAUACUGUCAUAGGUUUCAACCACAAGCUUUUGUACCCCCUCCCCCUUCUCUCUGGUUCUCCCCUGCCUGUGGCUAACAAAGGGGGAGGGAGGUGGAAACAGUUCUUUUUAAGAUCUGCCUCAUUCAAGAUUUUUAAAUUCUUGAUUUGGGUGGGACAAGAGAGAACUUGGUAUUUUCCCCAGAAUAGAGUCCCAAUUUGUAUAUCAGUGUUAAAAAAACAAAACACAAACUUAGGUGAGAUUCUCAUGGACUAUUUUUAAAAUGUCAUUAAUAUAAAAGAUUUCUAUUAGUAGUAUUUAACCUCUGUCCUGUAGAGUAGACAGAGGUAAAUACUCCUGCAGAGCAGCGGAGCUUUAAGACUCGUUCUCUCCGACCCGUGUUGUCUUGCCAGUGUACUGAUAUGUAGAGGUCUGUUAUACUAAUUAGAGGUCUGUUAUACUAAUGUUAUUUAUUAAUUUUUUUCAUUUCCAUACAGUUAACUAAAGAGCUUUUUCAAGCACCCGUGUCUGUAAAAAAAAAGUAUUUUUAAAUAAAAUUUCUUUUGUUGUAGCACA